ACAUUCACAUCAACUCUCCUUGAAAUUCCUCCACCGACACAUAUUCACCAUGGCCUGACACCAUCCACUCGCUACACCGGCCUCCACCCACAAAUACUACACACAACAACAACAACAACAACAACAACCACAACCACAACCACACCCAACUCACCUCCGCACACCAUCCUCACCACAUACCCAAAGAACCACCCACCCCAAGCACAAUCAAAGCAAAGCAAAACAAAGCAAAGCAUGCCCCGCCUGCACCCAACCUCCCUCCUCCUCUUCCCGCUCCGCGUCCUCGCCAUCCCAUUCACAUCCCUGAUCGCACGCAUCCCACACCUCCGCUCCCGACACCGCCGCACCCGCACCCUAACCAUGCUCCUCCCAUUGCUCAUCCUCCUGCUCAUCCUCCUCGCCCUCCUCCCCCUAUACAUAAUCUACCGACCACCACACGCCCUAAUCCGCUCUAUGGCGGAGAAGUAUCCGGAUACAUUAUGGGAGAUACCACUCCCCUACAAUACUCCCAACACCAAGAACAAACCAGAAGCGAAUGGUGGGAAGGAAGAGAAAGAGAAACUCAUCGCCCUAACCAUCGACGACGCUCCCAGCGCCUACACCCUCGACAUCCUACACGUACUCCAAGAAUACAACGCACGGGCGACAUUCUUCCUCAUCGGGUCACAGAUCCCCGGCCGGGAGGGGAUACUCCACACGCUAGUGAAAAGCGGGAUGGAACUCGGGAACCACGCGAUGCACGACGAGCCGUCUGUGUCGCUGGGGAGGGAGGUGCUGGAGCAGGAGAUGGUGGAGGUGGAGGGGGUGAUUGCGAGGGUGUAUGAGGAGGUUGGGGUGGAACGGCCGAGGGAUGGGAGGGGGGUGGUGCGGAAGUGGUUUAGACCUGGAUCGGGGUUCUUUUCCGGGUGGAUGAGAGAGCUUGUGAAGGGGCUUGGGUAUAGGAUUGUGCUUGGGAGUGUGUAUCCGCAUGAUGCGCAGAUUGGGUGGGCGGGGGUGAAUGCGUGGCAUGUCAGGAGUUCGGUUAGGGAGGGGAGUAUUGUUGUGAUGCAUGAUCGGAGGAGUUGGACGGUUGAGGGGUUGAGGAGGGUGUUGCCGGUUUUGAGGGAUAGGGGGUUUAGGGUUGUUGGGUUGGGGGAGGCGAUGGGGAUUGUUGAUGCUGCUAAUGCUGCUGUGUCUAGUGAUGGGGGGAAGGAGGAUGAUUGAUUGAUUGGGUUGGAUUGGAUAUCAGGUGUACAGGUAUCAUCAACACUAACAUACAGG